AUGUGGACUAGCAGCAGCCCUGUUUCUGUCCCUGGUGGCCUCUCUGCAGGCAGAGUCAGGUUUCCUCUCUGCUUCUACUUCCUGGAGCUCCUGGUCCAGGGCUCUGUUGUGGAUGCUUUAGCUGUCAUCAGAACCAAUUUUGCCCUCUCUCCACUGUUACCCAUUGUCCUUGAAUUGGACAAAUAUCCCUCAACUUUGCCCCUCCCUGAGACAAGUCAUCUUCUGAGAAGCAGCUUAGUCCUGCAGAUUCACAGCUCCCGUCGUCUUUUUGGAGCGCGGACGCAGUCACAAGUCCUCAGCCAGCAGAGCCGCGCUGUCUUGGGGGCAUCUCCGCGUUCCCUGGCCGCGGACCUGGGACCUCCAACCCCGGACGCGCCCGAAAGCCACUUGGAACGCGAAAAAGGAAAUGAAACCAGAGACAGAGGGAAGCUGAGCGAAAAUAGACCUUCCCGAGAGAGGAGGGAGCCGGGGGAGAGAGGCGCGGUCCCCUCCCCGCCCCCAGGCCGCCGCCCCCUCCCUGCCCUCGGCGGCGAGCUGCGCGCCGCGACCCCGGCUGAAGGUGCGAGGGGCGCGGGGCGGCCGGGCGGGCGCGCACCAUCCCCGCGGGCGGCGCGGAGCCGGCGACAGCGCGCGAGCCGAGCCAGACCCGGCGGCGGCGGCGGCGGCGUCCUGAGCAGCAGUAGCAGCUGCAGCCGCCCGGGGCCAGGCUGCGCGCCCCGGUCCCCUCCUCGGCCGCGGCGCGCCGGCAGCCCGGUGAUUCGCUCUCUCUCUUUGGCGUUUGAAGGGAGCGCGGUGACUGUCCUUGAGCGCGGAGGGGCGAGCUCGCCGCCAGAGCGCCGGAGCAAGAAGAGGCGCAGGAGCGGCGGCGGCGGCGGCGGCGCCCGAGCACCCGAGGGGGUCCGAGCCCCGGCAGCCGGCCAGCCCCGCGCCACAAAGGGAGCGCCCCCGCCGCCUGGCACGCCACCUCCCUCCCCAAUGUCCUCGGCCAUCGAGAGGAAGAGCCUGGACCCAUCUGAGGAACCGGUGGACGAGGUGCUGCAGAUGCCCCCGUCCCUGCUGACAUGCGGAGGCUGCCAGCAGAACAUCGGGGACCGCUACUUCCUGAAGGCCAUCGACCAGUACUGGCACGAGGACUGCCUCAGCUGUGACCUCUGCGGGUGCCGGCUGGGCGAGGUGGGCCGGCGCCUCUACUACAAGCUGGGCCGGAAGCUCUGCCGCCGAGACUAUCUCAGGCUUUUCGGCCAAGAUGGUCUCUGUGCAUCCUGUGACAAGCGGAUCCGUGCCUACGAGAUGACGAUGCGGGUGAAGGACAAAGUGUAUCACCUGGAAUGUUUCAAAUGUGCCGCCUGUCAGAAGCAUUUCUGUGUGGGUGACAGAUACCUCCUCAUCAACUCCGACAUAGUGUGCGAACAGGACAUCUACGAGUGGACUAAGAUCAAUGGGAUGAUAUAGGCCAGGGGCCCCAGUGUCUCGGGGAGGAGACUCACUGAAAAGCCCCUGUCUCUGUGGGGUCUUACGCUCUUGGGCAUUCUGGGGAUUUGAGGGUGGGCUGAGGCAUUUCUUAGGGGAUGGUAGACCCUAACUGGGCACCGAGAACCAAGACACAGCAUCCAAGUGACACGAUGCAAGAGGGCAAAACUUAAAUGUCACAAAAUGACUGGCCUUGGGGAACUUAGGGACAGUGGUCCCAGCCUCUGGGUAAUAACUGACAUGAUUAGCCGAGGAGAGAGUCGUGGGGGGCUACGGUGCCGUCAUAAUGGGACUUCCAUCUACAGAGAGGGACAUGUUCUGCCCAGACUUGUUAUGUCUUUGACCCUUGAAAACUAGAGAUGUGCAAUUGAUUUAUUUUCUCCCUGGUUUUUAUGACAACCCUGUUCCAGCCACUGUCCUCCACACGAGAGAAGGACAGAGAUAAAGAGUGGCCAUCCUCUUCUUCUUGGCCACCUUCCCAAGGCCUUCAGCUUUGGACCCAAGGGAUACUGCAUGGAGACAACAUUUUAGUUGAGAAUGAAAAUUGCGACUUUUAACCAAACAAUUAUUUAAAGCAAUGCUGAUGAAUCACUGUUUUUAGACACCUUAGUUUUGAAGUGAGGAGUUCCACAGAUUGUUUCUAUACAAAUGUAAAUCUAAAAAAAAAAAAAGUUGUUCAACUAUUUUAUUAUCUUAGAUUAUAUCAAAGUAUUUGUUGUGUGUAGUUUGAAAAAAAACUGCGGAAAAUAAA